AUGAACGCAAUGCUCUCCGGCAUCCCUGGCACAACUGUGUACCUGGACGACAUCAUCAUCGUUGGUCGCUCCCCUGCCGAGCUGCAAGACCGAGUGUGCGCAGUACUCGAACGCGUACAGGAAUAUGGCUUUCGCCUACGGGCCGACAAGGGCCAAUUCUUCCUCGACUCCAUCAAGUACCUUGGAUUCGUUUUUGACGUCACUGGUCACCAUCGAGAUCCUGAAAACAUUCGGGCCAUCCAAAGGAUGCUUGCACUCAAGAAUGUAUCGCAACUUCAUUCGUUCCUUGGCCUGAUCAGCUACUGUAGCUCCGCCCUACCAUCGCUGCAUGACGUACGGGCCCCGCUUAACCGUCUGUUGCAGACGGAUGCUCCUUGGUGCUGGUCCCCCUACUGUAAAAAAGGCCUUUGCUCAGCUAAAGUCGACGCUGAGUUCAGAUCUGCUGCUCACGCACUUCGAUCCGACGCUGCCGAUCGUGGUUGCUGCACAUGCUUCCAACCACGAAGUUGGUGCCGUCAUCUCACAUACUUUUCCUGAUGUGUCUGAAAGGCGAUCAUGCAUUCAUCUCGCACGUUAACCCCUGCGGAGAAGAACUACGGGCAAAUAGAGAAAAAGGCCCUAGCCUUCGUGUUUGCCGUCAAGAAAUUUCACAAACUGUUUUUUCGUCGCCACUUCAAGUUGUUGACGGAUCACAAAUCAUUGCUGUCAAUCGGUUCGAAAACGGGCAUUCCCGUCCACUCAGACAGCCGACUUCAGCGAUGCGCAAUCAGCCAUCUUGGUUACGAUUUUGAAAUUCGCUACAGUCAGGCCGACGCCCUUUCUCGCCUCAUCAGCAAUCAGCAGGAACCGGAGGAAGAUACCGUGAUUGCCGCUAUUUCGAUUGAGGACGAUGUGCACCGUCAGCUAUCAGACGCCAUAAGAGGUUGCGUGUUCAAAUCACGUCGGGGUCACCAAUUUGUGGCGGCCAAGGAUGUGAGAUCGACUUAA